AUGCCUCUAGAGGCUAGAACAGUGCUGCGUACACCCUUCUAUGAUGAUGUGCCGCGUGCGUAUGUACGCAACGGUCAGAACAUAAGCGAUGCCACGCUCUUCGGACCGUACGCACAGACCAUAUGGAAUUUCGCCAAUCGUCAUCAUAUGAUUUUGGAGUGUAAUCGCGAUUUAAGUGAAAACUACUCGGAAAUUUAUGAGCGCAUACACAAUGGCGAGUAUAAUUUGGCGAUGAAUGGCGCGACGUUGGUGAAUCACGUGACGCUCAAUGUACACUUCAGUUAUCCGUUGUAUUGGGUGAAGAAUUGUGUGAUGGUGCCGCUGGAGGAUGAGUUACCCAAAUACUGGUAUAUCGUGUGGCCCUUCGGACGCUACAUUUAUAUGUGUAUACUCUUUGGCAUCUUCUAUAUUGCCUUUUUGAUGAAGUACGUGGAGUAUCCUACGAAUGAGAAGAAGCCGACGCGUUCCUUUACACGUAAUAUUUUGCACAGCAGUGCCAUCAUAAUGUUCAGUUCGAAUAUGAAUGUACAGCUGAAGAAUGCACACGUACGCGUACUCUUCUUCUAUAUGCUACUCUUCGUGUUCGGUUUCAUUUUGGCCGCCUAUCAUGCGCCCUACUUGACGGCGUACAAUAUGAAACCGGUAUUCGUGCCGCCCAUCAACACAGUCGAUGAUCUGCUGAAUGCUAAUAUAAGAGUGCUCAUCACUCUGAGUGACUUUGCGGAGAUUAAGCAUAGCGGCGAAUUUCAAGAUAUCCUCGACAAAAUGAAUCGGAAUUUCGCCUAUGUGGUAACCGAAGAUCAGUGGAACUUUUUGAAUCGUCAACAACGCACACUCAUCCAACCGUACUUUCAUCUCUCGAAAAUUUGUUUCGGCACCGUCUUCAAAGCGAUACCAAUGCAACGCGAUGCCGUUUGGUUCGAUACACUCAAUUUAUUCAUUUUAAUUUCCAAAGAGUCGGGUCUUUGGAGUCAGUGGGAGGAACGCGCAUUUAACGAGGCUGUGCGCGUAAAAUAUGCACAAAUUCUGACCGACACUUAUCCGGUAGAGCCGUUGAAUUUGAGAUUCUUCACCAUUGCUUGGAUUGUCUUGGCUUCGGGUCUGUUGGUGAGUUCGCUCGUCUUCACUGUGGAAUAUUAUAUCAAAAAGUAUUAUGGUGUUAAAGAAGUGGACUACAAUCGUUUCUCAUAUGAAUAACUUGCUGAAUGAGAGGAUGAA